GGCAGUGUGAGCUUUUACUCUUUCCCAAACAAUUUUAGUACUUGGUUAGUCGUCAUGAGCCAUUGUAGUAGGUCCAACACACACAGUACCAUGUGAAUUCCCAGAAGAAAAGGAGAGCGCGUGAGAGAGUGGAGGAUUAUCACGCGCUACGUAGAGCUAGCUAACUCAACUCCAUAUUUUAUAGACUGACAAAUAACAAAGGAAUAAGAGAGCAAGAAAGAGACUCACUCAGCUCACUCAAGCAGUCAAGCUCACUUGGGAAGUGAGCACAGAAAAAAAUAGAGUUGCAGAAGAAGCUACCGAAUCCUCCUAUCAAUGCUGGACAAGACCUACUAUCUCUCUAUGCCUGAAAGUGAAACCUUUCCUCUUGUUUUUGCCUCCUAAACAUGGCUCAAAGUAGGGUUUUUGACUAGUCUUUCUUGUUCUCUAUCGGAAAAGACCAAGACUUAGACUAACCCAUCUUCACUAGCAGAGAGAUCUCUCUUUGUAAGACCAAAAAGGUGUUGGUGGGUCAGGGGGGUUCUGAGGCAUCUCAAUCAAUCUUUGUACAAUACAUUGUUUUUAACUGAGGGAGAUAUAGAAAAUGCAGACACCAAAAACAAAAGCUGGUACUUUGGAAGUGCCUCAAAGAAGAUCACCAGUAACACCUCGAACUGCUCGCAAACUCAAGACUUCUGGAUCGGAUGCUGAUCCAGUUUCCUCUCCAAAUAUGGCAAAUAAGACUCCAAAAUCUAGUCCAAAAGUCAUUGAUCGUAGGUCACCACGAAGUCCUAUAUCUGAGAAGAAGCGCCCAAACAGAGUUUCUGAAUUGGAAUCACAGCUGACUCAACUUCAAGAGGAUUUGAAGAAGGCAAAGGACCGGCUGAACUCUUCCGAGUCAUGGAAGAGGCAAGCCCAGCAGGAAGCUGAAGAAGCCAAGAACCAGCUGAUGGAGAUGUCUGCGAAGCUUGAGGAAUCCCAACAGCAGCUGCUGGAUAUCUCUGCAUGUGAGGAUGAUCGUAUUCAAGAGCUUCGUAAACUUUCUCAGGAUCGAGACAGAGCUUGGCAGUCAGAACUUGAGGCCAUCCAGAAGCAGCAUUCAAUGGAUUCUGCUGCCUUGGCUUCUGCCAUGAAUGAAAUUCAGAAGCUCAAGCUUCAGCUGGAAAGGAGAGCUGAAUCAGAAGCCAACCAGGCUAGGCAUGCAGAGUCUGCACAUGAUGAGGUCCAUAAUUUAAGAAUGGAGCUAUCAGAAACUCUCUCACUGGUUCAGAGAAUGAAAACCGAGCUCAACGAAUGCAGGGAAUCUGAAGCUCAAGCUUUAGAAAUUGUUAAUAGAACUCGAAUGCAAUUGGAAACGGCAAAUGCCACCAUAGAAAUGCUUCGAAAAGAUGCAGCCAAAUCAGUGGAGUCUUACAACUCCUUAUCCUUGGAGUUGGAGCAAUCCAAAGCUCGAGUGAAGUCGCUGGAGGGUCUUGUGGGCAAACUCCAAGCAGAGCUAAUUAAUCGAAACAGCCAAAACACGGUGGCUCCUAAGGAUGAGAAAAAUCUUGUCCUUGAAAAUGGGGAAAAAGAACUAAAUGAGUUACAAGUAGAGCUUAAUUCUGUGAAAUCUGAAGUAGGUCAAUUGAGAUCUGCAUUAGAUGCUGCUGAGAUUAGGUACCAGGAGGAAUUCAUUCGGAGCACAUUGCAGAUUAGAAGUGCUUAUGAACAAGUUGAGCAUACAAAAUCUGAAUCAAGUCAGAAAGAGGCUGAAUUGACAUCAGAAUUGAAGAAAUCCAAUGCUCGUAUUGAAGAAUUGAAGGCACUACUGAUGGAUAAGGAAACUGAGUUGCAAAGUAUAUCAGAGGAAAAUGAGUGUUUGAACUCAAAGAUUGAGAAAAAUCUAUCAGGUCAAUGCGAAUUUGAACUUACAAUGGAACUGAAGAAGUCAGAAGCUACCUUGUCUGAGUUGAGGGCAAGUUUAUUGGACAAGGAGACAGAGUUGCAGAGUAUUACUGAGGAAAACGAGACGCUCAAGAUGGAAAUCAAGAAUAAGGAAACUGAUAGGAGUAAGGCUAAUGACGAAGCUGUUGCAUUAGCUGACGCUGCAAGGGCUGCAGAGCGAGAGGCGCUCAUGAAGCUAGGCUAUGCAACUGAGGAAGCUGACAAAAACAGCAGGAGGGCAGCUCGGGUGACUGAGCAGCUGGAUGCAGCUCAAGCAUCAAACACAGAAAUGGAGGCUGAAUUAAGGAGGCUCAAGGUUCAGUCAGACCAGUGGAGAAAGGCUGCCGAGGCAGCUGCUGCCAUGCUUUCAACAGGUAACAAUGGGAAAUUUGUCGAGCGAACGGGAUCACUUGACAACACCUAUAACCCCAUGGAUUCGCCUUAUUCAGAAGACAUGGAUGAUGAUUCACCCAAGAAGAAAAAUGGUAACAUGUUGAAGAAGAUUGGGGAUUUAUGGAAGAAGGGUGGUCAGAAACAGUAGAGUUCUUUGGUAGAUGCUAUGCUACUCACCCUUGAGUUUCACAUGCAAAUAAAAGACCAAGCUCUUUUUGCAGACUGUAUAGAGGUACUUGAAGAUGAUGUAUGCCGUGGACAAGGAUAGUGUUUUUGUAUCUUUUGUUAAACUCUUCUCUUUAUAUAUGCUUAUUGCUACAGUCAGUCAUUUAAAGUUACUACAUUGGAGGAAUUAUGUGAUAACAGAAAGAAAAAAAGCUUUUUUUUUGUUGGUAUUUUGAGAUGUGAUUUGUAAGACUAGACUCAUUAUGAUGUGUAUCACUAUCCUAAUUUCCAUGGUGUAUAAGAAUAGAUGUGUCCCUUUUUGUU